GCGGGCAGCGCGCCCGAGGAACCGAAUUCCCUCCUUCCCGGUCCCGUCGUGGCCGCGCCGCCUCCCCGCCCCCUCACGCGGCUCCGGUGACUGAGAGCGGCGCGUCGGGGCGCGCAGCCAGGAGGUGGGCGCGCCGGAGGCCCCAGCCCCACUGCGGGGUCCCUCGCCGCGCCGCCGGGUGGAGGGGCCGGUGCUCCCUGCGAGAGGCGCGGAGCCGGGUGGCCGCCGGAGCCGCUCCCCGCCCCCGCCGGGCUCCCCCUCGCGGAGGCGAGGUCGGUCGCGCCCGCUUGUCUUCGCUCGGCUUUUGUUUCCCGCCCGUGUGACAGGUCCGGCUCCGGCUCUAGUCUGCGGCCCCCGACUCGCCUGAGGCCGGGCGGGCCGGUGACCGCUGUCGCACGGAGCCGACUGGGGGAUCCUCGGAGUGGGUCUGAGCGUCACUGCCGCGGGCAAGAGCGAAACUUCGCUUUCCAAAGCCCGGGCAGCCGAAGAACUCGAUCCCGGGGUUUUCUACUUACAAAAGACAAUGACUACUGAUGAAGGUGCCAAGAACAAUGGAGAAAGCCCAGCAGCCACCGUCGCUGAACAGGGAGAGGAUAUUACCUCCAAAAAAGAUAGAGGAGUAUUAAAGAUUGUCAAAAGAGAGGGAAGCAGUGAGGAAAUGCCAAUGAUUGGAGACAAAGUUUAUGUCCAUUACAAAGGAAAGUUAUCAAAUGGAAAGAAGUUUGACUCCAGUCAUGAUAGAAACGAACCAUUUGUUUUUAGUCUCGGCAAAGGCCAGGUUAUCAAGGCAUGGGACAUUGGAGUGGCAACCAUGAAGAAAGGCGAGAUCUGCCAUUUACUGUGCAAACCAGAGUAUGCAUAUGGCUCAGCUGGCAGUCUCCCUAAAAUUCCCUCAAAUGCAACUCUCUUUUUUGAGAUUGAGCUCCUUGAUUUCAAAGGAGAGGAUUUAUUAGAAGAUGGAGGCAUUAUCCGAAGAAUAAAACGGAAAGGAGAGGGAUACUCAAACCCAAAUGAAGGAGCAACAGUAGAAGUUCAUCUGGAAGGCCACUGUGGCGGAAGGAUGUUUGAUCGCAGAAAUGUGGUAUUCACUGUUGGUGAAGGUGAAGACCACGACAUUCCUAUCGGAAUUGACAAAGCCCUGGAGAAAAUGCAACGAGAAGAACAAUGUAUUUUAUAUCUUGGACCACGAUACGGUUUUGGAGAGGCAGGGAAGCCUAAAUUUGGCAUUGAACCCAAUGCUGAGCUUAUAUAUGAAGUUACGCUUAAGAGUUUCGAAAAGGCCAAAGAAUCUUGGGAGAUGGAUACCAAAGAAAAAUUGGAGCAGGCUGCCAUUGUCAAAGAGAAGGGAACCUUAUACUUCAAGGGAGGCAAGUACAUGCAGGCGGUGAUUCAGUACGGGAAGAUAGUAUCCUGGUUAGAGAUGGAAUAUGGUUUGUCAGAAAAGGAGUCCAAAGCUUCAGAAUCUUUCCUACUGGCUGCCUUUCUGAACCUGGCCAUGUGCUACCUGAAGCUCAGAGAAUACACCAAAGCUGUUGAAUGCUGCGAUAAGGCCCUUGGACUGGACAGUGCCAAUGAGAAAGGAUUAUACAGGAGGGGUGAAGCUCAGCUGCUGAUGAAUGAGUUUGAGUCAGCCAAGGGAGACUUUGAGAAAGUGCUGGAAGUAAAUCCCCAGAAUAAGGCUGCAAGACUACAGAUCUCCAUGUGCCAAAAAAAGGCCAAGGAGCACAAUGAGCGAGACCGCAAGAUCUACGCCAACAUGUUCAAGAAGUUUGCAGAGCAGGACGCUAAGGAAGAGGCCAAUAAAGCAAUGGGCAAGAAGACUUUAGAAGGGGUCACCAAUGAAAAAGAAACACAAAAUCAAGUAAUGGAAGACCAGAAACCUGAAGGCCACGUAUGACGCCGCGCCAGGGAGGGAAGAGAGUCCAAAUGAACUCAGCCCCCUCCUCAAUGGGCUUUCACCCAACUCAGGACUAAACAGUGUUUAAUGUAAAGUUUGUUAUAGUCUAUGUGAUUCUGGAAGCAAAUGGCAAAACCAGUAGCUUCCCUAAAACAGCCACCCUGCUGCUGCCCAGUGAGUUCAUUGAGGGGGUGGCAUGGGACCACUCCAGGUGGAACAAAACGAGUGACUGUUGGUGUGGAGAGAUUGAGCCAACAGCUUGAGUCCAGCUCAUUUCAUUUUAUGUCAACUUACAAUAUCCAAUUCAGGAUCCCUUGAGAUAAUCCUAACAAUUUGGGGCUUCUGUUAGGUUUUACAUUUGAACUUUAAUAGCACUACAGAAAUCUUUUUUAAAAAUGCUUAAUAUCUCCUUUCCUACAAGUGGGUGGCAUGGGGGAAGGAGGAUGAAGUUUUGUUUUUUUAAAUAACUAAAGUGCUAUGAAUGCAACCUGUUGCAUUUUUAACCAACAGAACCCACAGUAGACGUGUCUACUGUCCCCUCAGUUCCCCAGCAGUGUCACAGACUUGAAAGCCAGAACCUCAGAGGCCACUUGCUUGCUGACUGAGCUGCCUCCCUGACUCCCUUCUUAGCCAGCCUCCUAGUGAGAGUGAGCUUCUGCCACACACAGCCUGUCCCUGGGCGGGUAAUUCUGUCAUUCCUAAAAACACCCUUCAGCAAUGAUAAUGAACAGACUGGAGUUUCUGGAUUAGCUUUUCCUGUUUUGGAUAAAGUUCUGAGAUGCUGAAAUGCAAAAUGAGCAAUCAGAAUCGUGCUUUUUCCCCCUUCUAUUCCUUCCAGGAAGUAAUGUUGAAUACAUAGUACUUCCUGCUAGCAUUGCUACUGUUCAGCUUCUUAUUUCCAUUCUAAUCCUUGCUAUUAAGAAUUUAAGACUUGUUCUUAUCAUAUCUUUGACCUGGAGUGGAUUUAUUACAUAUCCAUUUAGGAUUGAUGCAGUUUUUUUUUUAUCUUCUUUUUUAAAUUACUGGCUCAUAGGCAUUUAUAUACUGGUUUAUGGAACUUUAUUUACACUCCUCUAUCAUGCAAAAAAAUUUUUUUGACUUUUUACUACUAAGUACCUUAAUUUGUAAAAACAAAAUCUGUGGGGCUGACAAAUUAUGUGGACAAAUGUAGAAUGUUGCUCUUCUACAUUAAGGAUUUUAUCUGCAGGUUUGCUUUCUUUUCCUGCCCUGAUACCGUCUCUGCUCUGGUAUGAGCUGUGAAAGAAUUGAAAACAGCUUCCCAUGCAGGUAGCAGGUAUAUCUAGCCAGAACCCCAAUACUUGAGUAUUGAACUAGGGCAGGUCUUAAAAUAGUUAUGUACAUGUAGCUGAAUUUUAGUCCUUAUGGGCAAAUGAGAUUGAGCGUGGCUCUCUGUUCCCACAGCUUAAGAAACUCUCAUGGGAAUGUAUUUGGCAACCCUAGGAACCAUUUGCUUAAACCUGGAACAUCUGACUUUUUUAAAUCCUAAAGAACACUGGCUUUUAUAUUUUAGAUUAGUUGUAAUUUUUAUGACAGUUUUAACAAAAUACUUUCAUUGUUAGGUUAGGACCCCCCAUAAAACCUAAAAAUCAAGCUGUUUUCUUUCAUACCAGUUUUCUUCCCCCUAGAACAAAUGGAAUCAAAUUGUGAGUUUUUUCCUUUAAUGAUUGCUAAAACCUCUCUAAUUUCUCAUUUAUGCUUUUGAUUUUUUUCAUGAACUGUUUCUUUGAAAAGCCCUAAUCUCAUCUUGGAUACAUGAAAAGCAAAAGUUGAUUUUGCUUAUUUGCUUAAUCGUUUGGUGUUUGAAGCUCUGUUGACUGGAACAUGAUUCCAAUAAAUCCAAGAUUGAAAUUUGAUCCUCAUAAGGCCAGUUAGCAUUUUGCAGGUACAAACAAAACUCCACCAAAAAUCAGAUGAUCCCAGCCAGCUGUUUCCCAAGUGCGUGUUAUGGUCACCAGGGAAUGGGCAAGACUGUGUGUGGGGAGUGGGGGAAGGGUGUGUGAGUGGUUCCAAGCAAAUGAGUGCAAGGUGCCUGUCACCACCCAGGAAGAAAUUUCACAUGUUCUUGUAUCAAAUUUAGUAAUCUGAAACAAUUUGGGUAGAAAUCAGAUGUCUUUGAACCACCUUUUAAACUGCAUAUGGGUUGGUGAGUCAGCAUAUGAUGAAUUAAAAACAAACUGUUUUUUUAAAAAAUCAUUUAGAUGCACUGUUUUUGUGUUCCUUAAAUAAAUCCAAGAAAACAAAUGUGAUUUC